AUGAAUCAGAGUAAUAGUGUGAAUUAUUAUCCUGAUGAAACUAAACUAAAAUCAACAGCUCAUCCACUAAUAUUUUAUGAUGAAUAAGACAAAUUGGUCAAAAAAAUUGAAUGCGGAUCACUUUCAUAAUUCUAAUUAAGAGUAAAAUAAAUUAAACAUUAAGAAUAAUUGGAAAUUAGUUUAAAAUAAUUUUAAAAGUAUUACCCGUGCUUACUUGAAAUAAUCAAAUACACUACAUAAUAAUAAUCUUCAGGUUCCUCUCCAUUAUAUGUAUAAUAUAAAUGUAAUUCCAAAUCAAAUUCAUUAUUAAACAUAUUAAAAUAAAAAUUAUCAAAAGAAGAUAAAAGAAAUUUUUUUUUUUAGUUAUUGGAAUUAGCAUAAAUUCACAAAAAUUUAACAAUAGUUCAUAAAAAUAUGAAACCUUCUAAUAUUAUAUGGGAUGAUAAUAAAUUUUAUUUGAUAGAUUUUGGAUAUAUGAAAGAUUCAAAAGAGGAUAUAUAAUUAACACUUAGAAAAAACUAUAUUGAUCCUAUUAAUCAAGAUCAAAUGAGAAAUUUAUAUCCAUAUUUGUCAAAUUCAUUUAUUGCUUAAUUACAUAAUGCUAAAGGGGAUAAAAUUAAAAUUGAGAAAAUUGUUAAGUUAAGAAUUCUUGAAGAUAUACAAAAAGAGGAUAGAUAUGCAUUAGGCAUUAUGAUGCUUGAAUUAUUUGGAAAUUUUGAAAAAUUUUAUUAAAAGUGUGAUCUUAAUAGUUGUUAUUAAUAAUCAUUCAAAAGAGAAGAAUAAAUAAAAGUAAUAUUGCAUGAUUAAAAUAAUAUUUAAGAUUUUGGAACAUAAAUUAUUGAUAAAAUUUCAGAAAUUAUUAAAAAUAUUAUAUUUAACGAUGAAAUACCUGAAAAAUUUUAAUAAUUAAAAAUUGAUGUAGAAGAAUAAUUUAAAAAAACUAAAAUUUCUGAAGAAUCUAAGAGAAAAAUUGAAAGUGCUGAAGAAUCUAUGAGAAAUAAUUAAAAUAUUCAAGAAUCUAUAAGAAACAAUUAAAAUAUUCAAGAAUCUGCGAAAAAUGCUGAAGAAUCUAUGAAAAAUAAUUAAAAUUCUAAAUAUUAAAAUACUGAGGAAUCUUUUAGGGCCAAUCUUAGUUUUGCAGAUGAUCAACUAAUUAAUUUAAUAGAGAAAGAAUAAAAAACAAUACUAAAUCAUAAAAUGAAUUAAGAAGAAAAUUAAUAUAUUAAGAAUCUUAUAGAGAAUGAGUGUUAUGAAUUUGAUGAAAAUCUAUUAUAUUAUUUAGAUAAGGAAGAGUUAAUUAAUUAUUUAUCAAAAAUUGGUGAUUCUUAUCCUAAAUUAAAGUAAAAAGCUAAACAUGUGUAAGCAUUAUACAGACGUUAUGACAAAAAAGAAAUAAUUUCUGAAUUGUGCAUAGAAGAUAAAUAUUAUAUUCUAUAGUUAUACACUCAUGAUGAUAAUACUUAAGUUUUAUAAGAAUAUGAAAAAGAAAUCUAAGAGAUGAAUAAAAAACACUAAAAAGAUUUUAAAUUUAAUCAAAUUGAAAAGAGCUUGACAAAGAAAAGAAUAUAAUAAGUAUCUUAACUUAAUCUUGAAAAUUAAGAAGACCAUUACGACCGACCUAAUACUUAAACUACCGUAUAAUCUAAUAAUAGAUUUAAGGAGAUAGAUCAUUUCUCAAAUCCAAAUUAAGAAUCUGAUUCUUUAAAGUAAUUUAUAUAACCAUCAUCUAAAAUUUAAUUUAUCGAAGUAUUAUAAAAAUAAAUACCUGAAAUUAAAAUUUUUAUAGACUAUUAUAAAAUAAUGAAUUUGAAAAAAGAAAAUAUGAAUAAUUAAAUUAAUAAUUGGGAUUUUGAUGAAAAUUAAGAAAAACCUAUAAAUUUAAAUGAUAUGAUUAUGGCAUUAGAGAAAAAUUCAUAAUAAUGGUGGGGAAUAUAUAUAAAUUAAUUAUUAAUUGGAUAAUUUAGUCAAAAUAAUUAUGAGGAUUUUCAAUUCAAAGGAAAAAUUAUUUAAUAAAAUCAAAAUGGUGAUAUUAUUUUAUAUUUUAAUGUAACUAUAGUUAAUUUGAGAUAAGAUCUAAAGAUGGAAGGUAAUAAUGUUAUAAAAUAUAUUUAUUAACGAAAUACAUUUAAACUUUUGGAAAUCUAUUCAGGAGAAUUGAGGAAUAAUAAAAAAAAUGGAGAAGGAAUAAAUCUAGAGAUAACAAAAAAUGAGAUAAUAAAAUAUAAAGGAUGUUGGAAGGACGAUAAAAAAAAUGGAAAUUGUGCUAGUUUUGAGAGAAUUUAAUAAGACUGUAGCUUUUAAAAAGAUAAUCAAAAUGCAUCCUUUGAUUAUGAUUGGAGUAAUUUUACAGGUAACUUUGUUAAUGAUUAAAUAAAAUAUGGAUAAGUUUAAGAUCUUAAGGUUUAGGUUUAGGGAUAUUUUUUUUGUAAUUCAACCUUAAGAUUAUUAAAUAAAUCAGGUCAAUACAUAUUUUAAAUCAAUUUCUUAAAAUGCUUGAAAGAAAUAAGUUCAAAAAUGAGAAGUUUUUGUUGCUGUAAGCAUGAUUGA